GCGCGCGACUGCAGAGCUUCUUAAUUGACAGAGCAGUGCAUUUAGACAGCAGAACACUCGCGGUAGAUCUAUCUCGUCGACAGUAUUUUUUCGUUUGAAUGCACCCAAUGAAGAAGAUGGUCUGAUAACGGAUUUUCAAGACUAAAAUCACGAAUGUAAUUUUAGUACAUUCAACAUCGAGCGCGCGCAACGCCCGCUUAGGUUUUUUUCGUCUCGACACCCGUCUCCUCUUUGAGAGCUACGUUCCCAUGCGAUUCUUCAGACUCACAUUUAAGUGUUUCGUGGAUUGUUUUUGAAGGUGCUGUCCAAUUCGGUGUUUUUCUUUUGUGAGAUUGUCUCCCGAAAUUAUAUAAUUUAAUUUUAUAAUCCCUAAAUUUAUUUUAACAAAUUGAUUCUGACCACCGUCUCAUCGUUGCGUGUUCGAUAUUGCAAAGCGAUAACUUAAAUAUCUUGUGACUUGAAACAAAUCCGUGAUAUAAAGGAAGGGCACGGACCAGACCCUAUCUAAAAGGCUGUCCGAAGUGAAUCAAAGGGACGAUAUUGGGUCCAUAAAGGGAAAACAACCCAAACGAGUAUAAGAUUAAGAGAGAGAGUGGAAGGUUUUAUCCGGGAUUAUUCUGAAUCCUAUUGACUGAUCUUUUUACUGCUUUUCACCUCAGUGUUACCUGAGUGUUUUGUUUACAAGUGCUUAAUUGGGAUGGAGAAAUCUGCAUACAGCACCGACUGCAGCGAAGUGAACGUGGUCCUGGGAGAGGAGAAAAAGGGUCAUCUCAUCCCAAACGGGAACGGACACCAAACUGGCGUAAAUGGCAAUCUCAUUGGAAGCGGCGGCGCGGCCGUCACUGCACCUGCCGCGAUGGCGUCAGCAGCGAAGCCAGGGUAUCCCGAACGAGAGACUUGGACCAGACAGAUGGACUUUAUUAUGUCCUGCGUGGGCUUCGCAGUGGGUCUGGGGAAUGUCUGGCGUUUCCCCUAUCUCUGCUAUAAGAACGGUGGAGGAGUAUUCUUAAUCCCCUACCUGCUGAUAGUGAUCGUGGGGGGUAUUCCUAUCUUCUUCCUGGAGAUCGCUCUGGGACAGUUCAUGAAGGCUGGCAGCAUCAAUGUGUGGAACAUCGCACCAUUGUUUAAAGGCCUGGGCUAUGCCUCUAUGGUGAUUGUGUUCUUUUGUAACACCUACUACAUCAUGGUGCUGGCCUGGGGCUUCUACUACUUCAUCAAGUCCUUCAGCUCCACCCUGCCCUGGUCCACCUGCGACAACCCCUGGAACUCGGAGAGCUGCAUCGAGUUCUACCGCUGCGACACCAACGGCUCGUUUGGAAACACCACGCAUGGCAACACCACACACGGCAACAUGACCUGCGAGGAGCUGGCCAACGGUCGCUCGUCCAUCAUCGAAUUCUGGGAAAAUAAGGUGUUGAACAUCUCAGAAGGGCUGGACCACCCUGGAUCGAUUAACUGGGAGAUGUUGCUGUGCCUGAUGGCGGUGUGGGUGAUGGUCUACUUCUGUGUUUGGAAGGGAGUCAAGUCCACUGGAAAGAUUGUUUACUUCACAGCUACUUUUCCUUACGUGGUUCUCAUCAUCUUGCUGGUGAGGGGCGUGACCCUGCCCGGCGCCUAUGAUGGCAUCAUGUACUACAUCAAACCUGAUUGGUCCAAACUGGGCGAGGCCCAGGUGUGGAUCGAUGCUGGCACACAGAUCUUCUUCUCUUACGCUAUUGGUCUGGGCGCUCUCACCGCCCUGGGCAGCUACAACAGAUUCAACAAUGACUGCUACAAGGAUGCCUUCAUGCUGGCUCUGAUUAACAGCGGCACCAGCUUCUUUGCUGGCUUCGUGGUGUUCUCCAUCCUGGGCUUCAUGGCCAAAGAGCAAGGAGUGGAUAUCUCCCAAGUGGCAGAAACAGGUCCAGGCCUGGCGUUCAUAGCCUACCCCAAGGCCGUGUCCCUGAUGCCCGUGGCGCCCGUCUGGGCGGCUCUGUUCUUCUUCAUGCUGCUUUUGCUGGGACUCGACAGCCAGUUUGUUGGUGUGGAGGGUUUUGUAACGGGCAUUCUGGAUCUGUUUCCGGGAAAGGAUUACAUGCGCUGGCGACGUGAAAUCGCCGUGGCAAUCUGCUGUUUAUUAUGCUUCAUCAUCGAUCUCUCCAUGGUUACACAGGGGGGGAUGUACGUCUUCCAGCUGUUUGACUACUACUCAGCCAGCGGCAUGACCCUGCUGUGGCAGGCAUUCUGGGAAUGCAUAAUUGUCGCCUGGGUCUACGGUGCUGACCGCUUUAUGGAUGACAUAGCUCGUAUGAUUGGCUACCGGCCUUUCCCUUAUAUGAAGUGGUGCUGGUCAUUUAUCACUCCAUGUGUUUGCAUGGGUAUCUUCCUGUUCCACCUGGUGAACUACAAGCCUCUAACCUACAACAAUGUGUAUGUGUACCCAUGGUGGGGCGAGGUGAUUGGCUGGUGCAUGGCCCUGUCCUCCAUGCUCUGCAUCCCUGUCAGCGUGCUCUACAAGCUCUUCAGGGCCAAGGGCUCCUUCCAAGAGCGCUGGGACCACCUGACCAAGCCGGUGUGGGGCGCUCACCAACUGGAGUACAUGGCGCCUGACACAGACAUCAAGAGCUUGGCCUCCCUCUCUCCUGGCACCGAGGAGAAUAAGGUCAUCAUCUUCGAGAGUGUGAUGUAAAACACACUGGGCUGAUGAUGUAGACCACGGAUGACAAACAACCACUUCCUCCUGUUCCCACAGCAAUGUGUAGCACCAGCCACCACGUGACCUUGACCUGUUGUCACCUUGGGUUACAAGCGAGAAAACCUUUGACAAAUCUAUUUUGAAAAUCCAAUGUUCUUAUCGAAACAAAUUCAAAUCUAAUUUGAGAACUUAUUGACGUCAGAGGUCAGGCUUCUCUAUCUUGGGUGUUGGUUAUCAAUGUCCUGCAGUGUUUUGAGAUAGAGCCCCGGUGCCAGGCCAUACUGGGAUGGUGUUUGUAUUUGGGUGGGGGGUUGGGGGUUGGUCUGAGUGUGUAUAGGCCCAUGUGCCAGGGUGAAUUUACACCCUUUGAAUAUGAUCCGCAGAAUUCCCUUCCGCUUACUUCCCAACUGAAUGGAAUGUCAUGAACUAACACAUUACAAAUGGGUACACGCACACCCAAGCACACACACACACACACAUACACAGACAAGAUUAGAAGGGAGCCAAUGAGCCUUGUUAUUGGGACUUAACCUACAUUUUAACACCUCUUAUCCGAGAACAUGAAUGAAGCACUUUAUUUCCUUGAAGUAACAUGACAUGUUUUAAUUAAAAUUCAAUAAAAAAGAAAAAACUUUUAUUAAUCACUAUCAUCGUGUAUCACUCACCAUGUAUCACAUUGUGUAUCACUACUGUAAUUUGACUAAAUUGACACAUUGUCAGUAACAUACCUGUCCUAUAUGAUACAUAAAGUAACCUUGUUACUUUCAGGCCCCUUAUACAACUAGUUGCCAAAUUACCAAAGCCCUGUCAGUGUAAUGUGUGGUUCAUGUCAUGCCCAGUAUAUAGCUGUAUACACUGUUGUGUAUGUACAUAUAUAUGGCUGUGCAUAGGUUGAUUGAAGUGCCAAAUGGAAUAUUCUUGUCUAUCUCUGGUUGAUGUCAGGCAGAGUGGCUAUAGUUGCCAUAUUCACUUCACAGAGAUCUAAACUGUUUAUGGAUCCACAUAUUAUUAUCCACAUAUAGUUUAGUCUCUGACUCUACCUUCAGUAUCUCUGUUUGCCUGACUCUGUCCCAAAUGCUCUGUGUCCUCUGUCGACACGCUGGAUAUCUGGACUUUCCAGGGUGAUGCUAGACAAUGCCAUGUCGUGGCAGUGGUUGUUGUCCUUGUCCUGGAUGUAGAUGUCUGUCUUCCUCAUAGGGACAGACAGACAGAAAGACAACUUCACAGAUCACCAGCAGCAGUAGAAAGGCUGCUGUCCUGUCUAUUCCUGAUACAUUUUACGUUAUGGAUGUUUCUAAAUAAGAAUGACCAGUCCUUCCCAAUUUUUCUUUACUUUCAAGUACAUUUAUUAAUUCAGCAGACGCUUUUUUUUUAAUCCAAAGCGACUUCCAAGAGAGAGCUUUACAAAAGUGCAUAGGUCACUUAUAGUAGAAAGCAAGGAAGCCAUGGAUCCUAGACCAGAGAGGGUGAGAAAAGGAGAUAUGUAGCCUGGAGCAGGAUUUAAUCCUCAGUCUCUAUGGAGUUAUAUUGUGUAAAUGUAUGUAGAAACCAAAGCCUAAUAGUUGAAGACUCUCACCUCCAUCUCUAAGCAGCUGAGAGACCGACGGCUUUCCAACCGGAGGUUCCAGGAUAGUUUACUUGAUUCUCAAUGAGACACAGAUGUAGCUCGAGGCGCAUUUGGUGUGCUGUAGUCUGAUCUGGUCUCUACAUAAUAUUUGCCACACUCGAAUGGUUCCCUAUUCAUGUAUCAGUCCUCCGUGCUCCCAGACACAGCCUCAGCAUGCAGGAGAGGUCAGUUCUCUCUCGGAAGACGCUGGCCUUGUUAGUAGACAUUGCUAAAAGCAACUGUCAUCUCAACCGUGAACGUUCAGACGGAGAGAACAUUAGUCACUCUGAGGCCAUUACUAACAGCACUGUAAAUUAAAAUGAUGAUUUAUAACAGACAAACUAACAGUGUUUCUGCUGCCGCUGUUCAGACAGAGGAUUCUUCGAUGCCAAACCAUGCCUUAUGUUGUUUGUCUUAAAUCUAGAGCCCGUUAGGUCUCAUCAUACCAGCCAAAUGCUCAGAUGCUCAGAAGGACAGUUCUGGGGGCCAGCCACAGGGAAUUCUGCUACCCAUUAACAUGAGAAAACAUCCAAUCAAUUUGGAAAUGGGUGAAAAUCAUUAUUUUUUAAACGUCAAAGAAAAUAAUUUCGGGAAUGUAAAAUCUUUAAAACGACAUUAGCACAUUGUUGUAAAAUAAACUUGCUAGCACUUUUAAUUGUGUUAGAAGAACAUUUUUUGUUUUGUUUUACAUAUUGUAAAAUGAAUCAGAGAUUUAUUUUGUGAAGGCUUUUAUUUUGCUUAUACAUACAGUAUAAAACAUAUAUAUAUAUUGAAUAUCCUUGUGUGUUAUAUAUACAUAAAAACAACUUUUCAUGCAGUAUAUAAUUUUGAUGAGGGAGAUUUCAUAUGGGAAUGGCAUGUGUCACUGUGUCGCUGCGAUGCAGUGCAGGACAAGCUUGUGAGGGGUAACUGGAGGUAUAUUCGGGGUUAAUACACAGAAAGGGAAUUAUUUUGAUUUCAAAUAUCAAGUGCUCAAGUGUUAGAUUAAUGUCUUAGAUUACCUGUGUGUGUUUACAUAAUAAAUGUUUUCCCCUCAGACCACCCAGUGCUCAGAAAAUCUGGAAUAAUUAUUUUCAGAAAAUAUAUUUUUGUUAAGUCUAAGUAAAAAAAACGUUUGAAAAGUUGAUUAUAAAUCACAGGACAUCCUUGAUGAGUUUGUCGAGGCCAUUAAAAAACUGACAUUUAGAGGAUAUUUGAUUCUAUAGUUAUUGGAAUCUUUUUUUAUAGUUUGCCUAGCAUCAGACCCUCAAAACAAGAUGUUCAUUUAAUCUCUUUCUCAUCUUCCCAAAUGCCUGAUACCUCAGAUGUCGACAUUAGUCAUGGUUUUGAUACUGAAACUUGGAUACAGACAUAACAUUUUAUCCCCUUUGGUCUAGAACUAUAUCUGCCUAUACAACUGUUGAUAGUCAGAUUAGAGUGAGAUACUACGCCUGAUGGCAAGAUAAACAGUUUAAAAGUGCCACUCUGAGAAUUGUCUUUGGACCCGAAGUUAAGCACCAGGACCCAAAACACUGUUUAAAGGAUGGUUUUUAUAGUCAGACAUUUUGAGUUGAAGAUAUUUCUGUCAUUGAUUCUAGCCUGGGUUGGUCUAAAGGUGAAAAAUGUUAACUGUAGUAAUUAAACGUAGGAAAAAAACGAAAUGAAAAUGUACAUUACCAAAAUCAUAUGUAUGGUGUCAUCUUUUGCGCUCUGCCAAAUUAUUAUUGACAGUAUCUUUACUCCAAGAGAUGAAUAUACUGUUUGACAGAGGGAAACCAGCGUAACCUUGUAAACGAAAUCUUUAUCUGAAUGUAUUGAUCACCGUUCAAUUUAUGGUGUUUUUACAAAUAAAACAUUAUUAAAAUCUUGAAAACAUAUAUUCUGUGCAAAUACUGACCAACUAACCUGGUCACAAUAAAAUUUUACUAUACCCAUGCAGUGCAAAUAAAAACAACUUGAAUGUUUUAGUCAAACGUGAACCAGCUAAGUAGAUUGCAAGUUAACUAACAAUUCACAGUUGAGGGACUUGUUUAUUAUCACUGUGUGUGAGAAUAACACUUUAAGAUUAUCUUGAUUAUUGGUUACUAAUUAGCAGUUUAAAUCAACAUAAGGGACAACUGCAGGUAAACUGAUUGCUUUGGAAAAGGAUACUGUCCAGAAAAUAUAUAAUACCACUGUUAACUUCAUCUAACUUUUAUCAUUGUGCUUUGUAUCACGUGAGAUGUAACUGCAGUCUUCCAUUCUUGAUUCUAGAAUAGAGAUAAAAAUAAACAUAUGGUUCUAUGAUUCUUAACAACUUUGACUGUAGAAACGUGUUGAUUGCCAGUGUUCAUUCAGUGUUGACCCUCACGCUGUCUGAAGGGCUUCAUGCUAACUAAGAUCACUGUGAUCCUGUGCUAAAACUACCCACUCACUCCACAUCAAGUAACAAAUGGCAAUAAAACUAACUUCAUGUUGAAA